AAAGCGUCCUGAAUCUGUAACUGAAUCUAUCCUUUCUCUGCCCGUUCCUGACUGCCGCUCGGACCCCAAAGGGUGUUCGGUUUUGUUCCUGCAUAAAAACAGCGCCUGUCGCUUUUUUUUCCCGGCAGUUUUUCAUUAAAAGCAGAUAACCUGCGGCUUACAGCAGGCCUGUGGGCUUCAGGUGUUCUCACCUUACAGAACGGUCUGGAGAAGGGCUGCUGGGAGAGAUCUCUGUGAGCCUGCAGGCGAGGGGGUGGUGGGGCGAGGGGGGGGGCGACGCGGGGUACGGCUUGGCUCGCUUCCCCCGCCCCAGGGCACCCCCGUUUGUAGCCUCCGGCCUGUAGCGUACCUGCGCGGGUGGUGAUAUCGCUGAGAGAAGGCGUGUCAAACGGACGCACACAACCGGUUCACCAGACAAUCCAGCAUCAACAGAAGCACUGCACUGCAUUGCAAACGCACAGGGAAAUCCCCAAAAAGAAUUUCACAUUCAGGGGUUGAUUUAAGGGAGGCAAAACCAAACCUUAGACCGAUGUCUAUGGCCCAUUGUGUGAUAUUUAGAGAUGAGCUUUUUUGUUGUUGUUUUUUUUUUUUGGGGGGGGGGUGGUCAGUCACCUCUUCCUCCCAUUUGGAAUAAUAUGUGCCCUCAUAUCUGCAAUACACUCACCAAUAAGACAGUGCUGUUUGCCACCAGUCACCACUGCACACACCAACAUAUUUCCAUUUUUAAAUAUUGUAACAGAAAUUCCACAUAGUUUUUUACAAAUAAAAUUGUAUCCAAAAAAAAAAAAAAAAACUUUUUAAAAGAUACUCUCAUCAAUACUGUCAUUUCAGUGUGCUCUCAGAUUAGCAUAUUAGCGCCAUUUUAGUUGCUUGGUUACAGUACUGUUCAUUUCACACCUGCCUGUGACUUUGUGUUUAGCGUACCCAUACGCACUACGCUGCCACGUCGUUUCAUAAAUAUCAUGUUUAUGGGGGCCAUCCCGUGGCAUGUCCCGUGGAGGCAUUGGCCCUCUCUGCAGUCGGGAACUAAAUCCUGAAUUUACCAGUGCUGACUGAAACUCGGGAGUGGAAGCUGGCAUUGGCCUGUGCAAAAGGGAACCUUGUCUGUUAAAACUGGGUGUGUGCAGCCUGCUAGCAGCACCAGCUAUGAACAUUGCGUACGACUCACGCACAGUAACGGCAAAGAGCUCACCUGUUCAACCGACGCGAGAGGAGAAGAGGCCAGGUGCUGGGCGGACACGCCCCGCAGGACACACAAAGCUCGUCUUCGUCUCGUCUGGAAUUGACACAGAUCGCAAAUAAGACCGCGCAUUUUAAAGAAUGCCCGGCAGUUAGUCAGUUUGUCGGCUUAUUCAAUACGUUUUUGUUUGUUUUUUAAAAAAAAGAAAAAAAAGCACCACAUUUAUUAUUAAACCUUAGUGACAUUAAACUCACACAGUGUAAACACGCUAUACAAUUCCAAAUAAAAUUGUUGUUUAAUUUGAAAUGCAACUUUUUGUUAAAAUGCUGAAGCUGGUCGGAGACACAAGCUGAACAAUGAACUCUGUGAAAGGAUUCAACCUAGAAGGCAGUAAAAAAAGAAACAAUCACUAAUUACACUAAAAAUGUGCGGUGCUAUUGCAACUCUAACAUCGUCCAUAUGAGUCGAAUUGGGACCAUAUGCACUCUAUAAGCGUGGAUUUAACACCGAGCAUUGCGUAUCAAAGGUGUGGAAAGGCUGCCAGAUCAUCUUGGAAAGACGAUGACAAGCAAAGUCGGGGCCUUUGGCUCCUGAGAGUCCCUGCUGUUGUCUGCCAGACGCACAGAUGGAGAGUUCGGAACACGAAGUAGGGGAGCGGGGUGUGCCAAAGUGCAUAGGCUAAGGAAUGCGGCCGCCAGCUUCAAGUGGUGCUAAAUCUAACCGUUGACUAGUUCCACCAAAUAACACUGAAGGCCUGCCUCGGUUGGGUUUGGCUCUGUAACGAUUUGGAAUGGCCCUCGUGUUUCUCAAGUAGCUUACAUUACGUUUAGCUGAAACUCUUCCAUGAAGAGUGCGAAGGUAAAUUCAGAUCUAGGCUAGCAAUUGGCAUACACCAUGACACCGAAAUAAAUAUAGGUUCACGCUGUAUAUUGGCUUAUGCAUAUUCAAGAAACUGUAUUGCGUUGCCUUUAAUUGGAUUUUCUAGUGUCCAUCAUAAGCAACACAGAAAUCACAAAUUGCUGAACAACAGGCUUAUUGUUUACAGUGCCCUUUACAUAAAUAUAAGUCUGUUUAUUAUACAAACAUUCAUGCUGUCAUGUUUUGUUUUUGCUUUCAGAGUAGGCUAAAAUAAGUAAGUUAUUAAUAAAGAGCCUAAAUACUCGGACAAGAGAAAUAAAUGAUCAAUUUACUGUAACAACUAUUAAACAGUUUAUAUACAAAUCAGUUAAAGGCCUACUAUCAAUUGCUAAAGUAAAAUCACAUCAAUCCAGGCCUAAUGUUUGUGUCCAUGUGGUUACUACGUCCAUGCACGCAGGCACACUGGUGACGGCGUCAAAGCAAGGCAUGCAGGUCCUCAUUUGUUAGCAUAACAAACCAACUGAAUAUCGUAAAACGAACGGAAAUACACUAGGACAAGCUGGUCUUGUGCGAAUAAGCCACAUACGUGGUAGUAGUGUUGAAACUGAACUGGUCUCCACUUGAAACUGUUGUAUUAUUAUUUUACCGUUGGGCAGUGCGCGCAGGAGCGGCAUCGCUCGCGUUACUAGGAGGCUUGCUUUGACUCCACCUAGUUUUAUGUUAAUUCAAAUGUGCUCUUGAGGCUUGUGCCUGAAAGCGUACAGUGAAUGGGGGAGUGAACGACUCCUGCUCGGCUCUGUGGGACACUGUUUAUAUCUCCGCGGUCAGGAAGACAGGGACCCGUGGAUGUACGAAAUGUUGUCGGUGUGGAACUGUGCUUCGUAAGGAAGUCGUUUACCAAAAAAAAAAAACAGCACUGAAGAAGAAGUCGCUUUCAAUCGAGCCAUGGGAGGCCAAAUAACCCGAAAUAGCUUGUACGGAUAUGACGUGAGUGCCUCGCCCAGGAUGUGAACAGAUUCCCUGGGGGGCCCGUUCCCCGCCACCUCUCACCGGUGUCACCACAAGCCCAAGCGAUGCCUGCCCGUCCAGCAGUGCGCGGGGUUCCCCUCCAGCCCCCUCCUGUUUCACCCCAACGCCAAGGGGUCCCAGAUCGUCAUGGACCUGUCCCAGAAGUCCGUCAAGCGGCAGUCCAGCUUCUGCAACGCCAUCACCUUCAGCAACCGGCCCGUCGCGCUGUACGAGCAAGUCAGGCUCAAGAUCACCAAGAAGCAGUGCUGCUGGAGUGGAGCCCUCCGUCUGGGCUUCACGGCCAAGGACCCGUCCCGCAUCACCCCUGACAGCCUCCCCAAAUACGCCUGCCCCGACCUGGUGUCCCAGGCCGGCUUCUGGGCCAAGGCCCUGCCCGAGGAGUUCGCCAACGAGGGCAACGUCAUCGCCUUCUGGGUGGACAAGAAGGGGCGGGUCUUCUACCGCAUCAACGACUCCAGCCCCAUGCUGUUCUUCAGCGGCGUCCGCACCAUCGAGCCCCUGUGGGCCCUCAUCGACGUGUACGGCCUGACCCGGGCCGUCCAGCUCCUCGACAGCGAGAUCGUGCCGCUGGACUGCCUGCGCCCGCGCUCCUUCACCACCGUGAGGCGCUCUUCCCUGCGCCGGGAGGCGGACGAGUCGCGCCUGUCCGUCAGCCUGUGCGACCUGAACCUGCAGGAGGAGCAGCUGCACCUGGCGUCGGCCGCCUGCCCCGUGCCGCAGAACUCGCUCAACUCGCAGCAGUGCCACCUGCUGGCCGCGCAGCUGGACUGCGACCUGCGCUUCCACCAGCUGCGCGGCGCCCACGUGCAGACGCUGGACGAGCACACGGUGUCGCGGGCGGAGCACGGGGCGUCGCGCGAGGAGCGCACGUUGGUCUUCACCGAGCGGCCGCUCCACGCCGGCGAGACCGUCUUCGUCAAGGUGAGCAAGUCCAGCCCCGCCCGCCUGGGCUCGCUGUCGUACGGCGUGACCUCCUGCGACCCCGGCGUCCUGCGGCCCAGCGACCUGCCCUACAGCCCCGAGUCGCUGGUGGACCGCAAGGAAUUCUGGGCCGUGUGCCGCGUGCCCGCCCCCUUGCAGAGCGGCGACAUCCUGGGCUUCCUGGUCACGCAGGAAGGGGAAGUGGUGCUCAGCCACAACGGCGUCAGCGCGGGGAUGCAGGUCUGCGUGGACAACUCCCGCCCCCUCUGGAUGUUCUUCGGCCUGCACGGCGCCAUCACGCAGCUGAGGAUUCUGGGUUCGACUCAGCAGGCCGACGCCCGUGGCCCGUCGGUCCCCUGCUCGCCCUCCUCCAGCCCCAACACGCCCCCCGGGCUGUGCAGCGGCAGCUCAGAGCCCGCCCUCAACGGCACCUGCGGGGGGGCCUUCUGCAGCUCGACCGGAGGCACAACUCCCAGUUCCCCCAUCAGCCUCCCCAAGUCCCCCACCUUCCCGUCAGGCUCUGGGGCCUGGAGCGACGAAUGCUCCAUUUGCUACGAGAACAUGGUGGACACGGUGAUCUACGCUUGCGGGCACAUGUGCCUGUGCUACACCUGCGGCCUCAAGCUGAAGAAAAUGUCCAACGCCUGCUGCCCCAUAUGCAGGAGAGCCAUCAAAGACAUCAUAAAGACCUACCGCAGCACGUAGGGGCGGCCCGGGGGACGUCCCUCGAGCAGGAUGGCGGACGUUAGCGAAGCCGACGCGAGGCUGCGGCGUUCAGGGUACAUUAACUCUGUUCACCGCCAAACACUUCUCCCAUCGCAGGUGGUCGUUAUUUCCGGUUCUUGUGCAGCCGAAAACACGCGAGAGGUCCGUUUAAAUUUCACAGGGGCUGCUGUGAUGCACUUUGUUACGCCGCAGAGGAUGUCGGAGUCCAUUAAAACUGUCCUCAGGUGACAUCAUCUUCAGGGACCUGAGAAGAUUCAGGAUAUUUAAAAAUAAAAAAACCGCAAACAGGUCCAACGGUGCUGGAGAUUAACGUCAUAUCCCCGUCUGGGUCACAUGAUUACAGAGAGCGUCUCUUCGCGUGUGAACACACGCGGGCUUUUAAUGUGUUUUUAUUUCUACUGAAAUUUCUUAAGCCAGCACAAUCCUCCUCUUGUCCAUUUAAUAUAGGGCGAUGGUCAGCCCUUUGGACCAUGAGAAGUCCAAAUCCGGCUUUAUCAAACAGUUUGGGAAUAAGCCUCGGCAUGUCAUAACAUUUGUCUGUGUGGUCCUGAGGUAAGUCCAACGGAAAAAAAUAGCCCCAGAAGCCGCUACAGGAAACGGUACUAACCGCAGUUUCUUUCAGUUGUGUUCAGCUCCAUACAGUGAAUAUCUGUACUGUUUUGCAGUCACGUCGUUUUGUGGGUAAAAAGAUUGGCCUAAGGUAGAAGACUGGCAGCUUUGUUUAGAAAGGGACAAGUGUCUGAAGUCCGUAUCAAAAUAGAGAAAAAAGUAACAGCUGCAACAUGUCCUGCUCUCUGCUGGUAAAUGUUUUACCGUUUGCCUACCAUUCAUCCAUGCUUGCAAAUGAUUAUACGGUAUAGCACUGUACAGUCCUGUAAUGUGUUCUUGUAUUAGAGACAGGGUGCCCUCCACGACAGAAUGUGGUUGUGACGUAGCCGCGCUAACGUGGAAACGUACACACUUUUAAAUCGCAGGGGUUUCAGGUGCAGCAGGUGUUUCUCAGCCCUGGUAACACGACUGGAUUGAACGGUGCGGUUUUAGUGCAGCAUACACUUCGUGUCAGCAGCCGAAAACAAGGACAAGGCCUCCCCCUGGUGACCCAGUACACUGUGAACCCCGGAUAACGAGCCAACCAUUUAGGAUUUUGCGGGAAUCCGUUCGACAUGGCGAUUUGAGCGAUGUACAUAAUAAUCCGAAUGUAUCGUCCGUCACAGGCAGUUACAGCGGAAUAGCCUCCGCUCGCCUUAACAUGUGAGAGGCUAUUGUGUUACAACAUCCGGUUGUUUUGUGAGUAUUUUGUCAUAUUCUGCCGCGAGCAAACACCAUGUAUGCUCCGGUGUUGUAUAACCACUGCACACCACUUACGGCUGGGGUGGCGUAAUAAACGAAAUGGUCCAGUGACAGCCAAAAGCAGGGGUUAAUAACGAUAAAUAAACGACAAUAACGUCAAAAGGUAACCGUUGAUGGGGAGGAACAUAUUUAUAGACCGGUUGGAUUAUAAAACAACUCCAAAAUAUCCUCCUUAGUAACCAUGUAACUUACAGCUAGACAUUUUAAUUUAUAUUCCUUUCCCUGUCCUGUGAUUGGUGAUCGAUAUAUGCCAUUUGAUAAGGAUAAUCAAUAGGUACUGUACCUACUGUUUUUUUUUUUUUUUUACUUUAUUUCAUUUCAAAUAAUGACGAAAGCAGAUCGUCUCUCUCUCUUAAGAAGAGUAGCCUACAUUAAAAAGCAGCAGUGCUCACAGUCUACAUUGGAGGAUUCCGUGCAUCGCGGAUUUGUAUCGUGUUUGUAUGGGUGCCAUCGGCAGAACAUAACACACUAACAGUGAUGACUGGACAGCGAGCGUUUCAAAGCUGGCGUCUUUCUUGCGUCGGCAAUCUUGUGCUGAGAUUCAACGAGGAUGACACUUUUCGUGGUGUUAAACUAGCGUGUAGUUCAGGCCUUCUGGUGAAUCCAUUCAUUAAUGACAGUACUAGUUUACAUUUGUGUGCAUUACUCUUUGGUUUUAAUGUAUGGGUGUUUGGUUUGAGGGCUCUUUUCUCCAGUAAUUUGAAUUCGUUGGGCUUGAUUUUGCUGUUGAGCCCACUGAAUGUGUCUGCUAGAGGGUAUGGGGUAUGGGGAAUGGCUCUGACAUCCAAGAAUUCACAAAUAUCCCCUGUGGUUUAUAUCUGUGUGCAGUUGUGAGAGGUAAAACAAAAAAAAGCCAGGAUCACACUUUUGGGGGGAAACAAAAAAAAGAGAUGGAGUGGACAGAAUAAAUAAUAAUUGAUAUGCCACAAAGGUCAGGUUGAACCUAAUAACAUCAGCCAUGUGUGUAUCGUGACUUUGGGUUGACCCCUUUCGGUCAACAAGGAUUUUCAGGUCAACUUUGGACGGCUUUCUUCUCUAAAACUGGCCUAUCCAGACUUCAGGUUUUCCCGCGAUGCCUAUGAGAUUUUAUAAUAAGCUUUCUGAGUGUGAGAAACAUUUGAUGCUGUGGCUCCAAAAACAGGCUGGUAUUUAAAAUGAAUAAAUCAGUAAAAAUUAAUCUUUAGUCUGUAAAAAAUGAAAGAAAACAGCCAGUGUGCCACAACACUGCAGUGGAGAACACAUACCCAAGGAAAUUAUUUGAAAAGAUCUUUUUUUUUCUUUUCUUUUUUUUUUUUUAAGGAAUAAUGUGAUGUAACAUACAUUUAAAUAUUUGAAUCUUGAAUAUAUGCUGCUAAAGUGUUUGCUGUGACUCUAUUUGGCAAAUGCUAAAAUCAACAGUACAUUUUCAAUGCAUAUAUUGUACGGUAAUAAGAUAUAGGCUAUUGCUUGACGUGUUUGUGUAAGUGGUUAAUUUACUUUAGAAAAGCGACUCUUUGGUUACAGCAGCAAUACCUGAAAGAUGUGUUUUGUCUUUUUUUAUUUUCCAUUGUUUGGGGAAGCUUAUUUAGACCAUAAGUGAGUAUGUAUUGUCUGAAUUAUAGAUUCCAAUAAUCAUCUCUUUUAAAAAAUUUUUUUUUUUUUUUUACAAAAACUCAACAGGAUGUUUAUAGGAAAACAUAGUGCCUUCUGGCAAUAAUUCACAAUCUUACUAAACGCUGUACUGUAACAGCAAGGUGAAAUUAUGUAGAGUUAAUGUCAAACAUUUACAUGUAAAUAGUUUUGCUGUUGUAAUUCAUUCCAGGUGCACUCCAGCUUGUAAUCAGUGGAGAAAGACACAGGCACGGUGGUUGGGUGUCACACCUUUCUCAGUACAGGUACCCCUAAAACAGAGUUUUCAUUAAUCUCUAGGUUCAGCCCAUUUCAGUAAGCCUUUCCUAUUUACAUGGCUUUCUCUAGCAACAUUGCAAUACGUGUGCUUACUGUCACUUUAAAUCGUAAACAGAUAUCCUAAUUGAUAAAUCAUUAAUGCAGUCCUUUGCUUUGAUCAUAUCCCAGGAACUGCUGAUACUCUUUUUGACCAAAUUUGUCAAUAAUGAAAAAAAAUGAAUUUAAUUUUAUUUUCUGAACUUGAUGAAAAAUAUUCACUAUUUACUGUAAAAUAGGUUUGUUUAUUUAUUUUGCCAUUGAUUUAUUAUAUAUUUGUCACUUACGUGUCAGAGCUAUGUGUGUAUGAAUGUAUGUAUGUAUGUAUGUACAGAAUUUACAGUUGUUCAGUUAAAUAUAUGAAAGAUCUACCAUUUGUGGACAAACAUCACCCCAUAAGUGAACAGCAUACCAGUGCAGAAGCUGACUGCAGGUCAUUUAACACUGAUUGGCGAGUAAAGAUCUGAAGUAAAGAAGGGCCCCACCUUUGCCUGGAACAAUCUGAAGUUUCAAAAAUAUGAAAUCUUGGCAGGAAGUACUGGACGUGCGUCAGCCUUCGCACAUUCGGGUAUCUCGCUUGCACAGAGCGUCUUUGAUUUUUAACACAGAGUGCACUUACACAGCAGAGUGCUUAUCUUGGUCAAGAGUGUGACGGCAGUAUCCCCGCAUGGGAACUGCAGGUCUCAGCGAGCAGCCCAAUCUAGCAGCCAUAGUACACUGCCAAGCCACGUCUACAGUUCCGUCUUCUGCACGUCCGAUCUACCACUUUUCCCACGGUUUAAUCGUUUUAUGCAGAGAUGAGGCUUGGGUGGCCUUCUUAGCCAGGACAUGGAUUUCCCUGAAUAAACCCUGAACUAAGGAGCCGACGGCUCGAUUGUGUCGUAGACGCCAAGUUUCAGCUGCAGCUUCUCUGUAUGGUUCUGUUGCUGUUUGUCACGUUUUCCCGAGACGUACAAAUAAUUUUAUUUUUCUGUUUUUGAUAUUGAUUUUUUUUCCCCUCCUUAAAUUUCGGAUUAAUCUUUUUAAGUUAAAUUUUAUCAACCAAUUUUUACCAAAAUGUUGAUUAGUUAACCCCUUAACAGUGGGGAAAACUCCCCAGAAGCUUGACAAUCUCCAUGCCCCCCCCCCCCCAAAAAAAAAAAAUCCAUCCUGUAUUGUCCAUGCUCAUAGCGCUGAGUCCCCAUCAGUGAAUGCUGGGACCAAAUCACAGGACCAGGUUCUGUCUCCCACACCAAAAAAAUCUGGUUCAUUUUCUACCCCUAAUUUCAUUUUCAUUGUGACUGAUAUUGAAAUGCCACUCAGUCUUUUUUGUAUUCCUGUAGUACUAGCUUAAGUGGUCUGUCUGUAAAUUCUGUUCUCUGCGUGAGUCAGAUGGCUGUGGCUGUCAAUAAAAUUUCCAGAUGUGUUUCA